GAAAGUUUCUCACAGGCUUAGAAUCAGUGUCCACUGACAAAGUAAAAAAAUUGAAUAGUGGAAAAGAUGAUGAAAUCCACAGAAAUGACAGGACUCAAGGUGUAUUUAUAGGAGAGAAAGACGGUCCAUGGCGAUUAUCUGAUCAAGAAGUGUUAAAUAUAGAUAGGCCUGUAGCACAGAUCGUAGCUUAUAGGAACUCAAUAGGGAUUUCUGAAACCCAGCAACAAUCAUCUAAGUUAUUGAAUAAGUAUUGAUUCAUUCAGGAAGAAAAGGAGGAAUGGAGAAGAAACAGAAAAACAAAAAGGAAGCGACAGAGUGUGGUCAUCCUCUUGAGCUGAAUCCUCCCCCUGCCUUUCUGAAAGAAAGAGAAGAAUUAUGGAACCGAUUAAAAAAGGAGCAUGAUGACUGGCUGGCAGCACAAGUGCCACAGCCAAUCAAAAUCACUCUUCCUGAUGGGAAAGUGGUUGAAGGGGAGUCCUGGAGAACUUCACCAUAUGAGGUGGCGAAGGGAAUAAGCCAAGGUUUGGCAGACAGCACUGUGGUUGCCAAAGUCAAUGAUGUCUUGUGGGAUCUGGACAGGCCUUUUGAGAAAGAUUCCACCUUGAAACUCGUCAAGUUUGAUGACCCAGAAGGACAGUAUGUGUUCUGGCAUUCUAGUGCUCACAUGUUGGGGGAAGCUAUGGAGCGACAUUAUGGAGGACAUCUAUGCUACGGACCACCCAUAGACAAUGGCUUUUACUACGAUAUGUGGGUGGAGGAUAGGCAAGUAUCCAGUAACGAUUUUCCUGCUCUGGAAACCAUUGUGAAAAGCAUUGUUAAAGAGAAACAAACUUUUGACAGGCUUGAGGUUAAAAAAGAGGAUUUGCUGGAAAUGUUCAAGUACAACAAGUUCAAGCAGAGGAUAUUGAAUGAAAAAGUGACCACUCCAACCACCACAAUAUACAAAUGUGGUCCUUUGAUAGAUCUUUGUCGUGGUCCACACGUUAAAAACACUGGAAAGAUCAAAGCUUUUUCAGUUACCAAGAAUUCAGCCACCUAUUGGGAAGGCAAAGCAGACGCAGAAAGUCUGCAGAGAGUUUAUGGUAUCUCAUUCCCUGAUCCAAAACAGAUGAAAGAAUGGAAACAUUUCCAAGAAGAGGCUGCAAAAAGAGAUCAUCGUAAAAUUGGCAGAGAGCAGGAGCUGUUUUUCUUCCAUGAGCUGAGUCCUGGGAGCUGUUUUUUCCUGCCUAAGGGAGCUCAUAUAUACAACACACUUGUGGCUCUUAUGAGAAACGAGUACUGGAAGAGAGGAUUUAAGGAGGUUGUGUCUCCCAAUAUAUAUAACAGUAAAUUGUGGGAGACUUCUGGUCACUGGCAACAUUACUCAGACAAUAUGUUCUCAUUUGAAGUGGAGAAAGAGAUUUAUGCGCUGAAACCCAUGAACUGUCCUGGACAUUGCCUAAUGUUUGACCACCGACCACGCUCAUGGAGGGAGUUACCUCUCCGCCUGGCAGAUUUUGGGGUGUUGCACAGAAAUGAGCUGUCUGGGGCACUGACCGGGUUGACUCGUGUACGGAGAUUCCAACAGGACGACGCCCACAUCUUUUGUAGGCCUGAUCAGAUAAAACAGGAGAUUCUGGGGUGUCUGGAAUUCCUAAAGUGUGUGUAUGGUGUGUUUGGAUUCACUUUUAAACUGGUGCUGUCUACUAGACCUGAGAAAUACCUGGGGGAGAUAGAAGUGUGGGACAGGGCGGAAAAGCAAUUGCAAGAGAGUCUGGAUGAAUCUGGGCAACAGUGGGAGUUGAACCCUGGUGAUGGAGCCUUCUACGGACCAAAGAUUGACAUCACUGUCCAUGAUGCGUUGAAGCGUCUUCAUCAGUGCGCCACCAUUCAGCUAGACUUUCAGCUCCCCGAGCGCUUCAAUCUGAAUUACAACACUGCUGGUGAGUCGGGAGAGAAGAAACGUCCUGUGAUCAUCCACAGAGCUAUCCUUGGGUCUGUGGAGAGACUGAUUGCUAUCCUGUGUGAGCACUACGGCGGUAAAUGGCCAUUCUGGCUGUCUCCCCGUCAGGCCAUUGUGGUGCCUGUGGCACCGCCCUUUGAUGAAUACGCUCAGCAGGUGCAGAAGCAGGUACACGAUGCGGGCUUCCUCUGUGAGGUAGAUCUGGAUGACAGCACCACCAUGAACAAGAAGAUCCGCAAUGCUCAACUCGCUCAGUACAACUUCAUUUUCGUUGUUGGAGAGAAAGAGAAGGCAAACAACACUGCUAAUGUCCGUACCAGAGACAACAAAGUUCAUGGAGAGCAUGCCAUUCAUCACAUCAUAGCUCGAUUUAAGGACUUCACCGAGUCCAAGUGUCGAGAUGCAGAAGAAAACUUCUAAUCUGUUAGCUUUUUUGACAAUACUGAUACUGCACGCUCAGCAUUAGAUAUACAAUAAUCUUUAAAGGUAUGGAACUCCUAGUAUUACCUUCAAUUAUACACAAACUGUUAAAAUGUAAAAUAUUUCAUUCUACAUACAUGUGUGUUCAGUAAGAAAAGAAUUCCUAAUUUAUUGCAUCAGCAAACCUUCGAUGUGAACUUUAACAUAUGCCACUAGAUAUUCCAUGUAAUUAUCUUCGUUAAUUAUUUUCACUAUUUGUCAAGAAAGACGGUGAUCAUCCUGACACAUUAUCAAAGAUGUUAACAUUUUUAUUUUCACUUUUGUUUUUUUCUUUACCUGUAUUGUAUUUUGCUUCUUGUAUAAGUACAUCUUAGAUCUACCUUGUACAUUCAAUCCAAACACACUGCUGUAGAUUUGAUAUUCAUACACAUGUAUUAAAAUAUUCAGAAUGUUAGACUUGUGCUGGGACAUAAGUGAUAAGAGAGCUCGAAUUUCGGUCUGCUGUGUACACGAAAUGGUCAAGAAACACUUUCUGAAACUUUAAAGGGUAAUGUUGUGAUGUUGUGAAAGUGGCCUCAGCUGCCUCCCAUGCAAUUGUUGAACAGGGUUUUUUGAAUUUAUUGCGAUUGAAAGUUGAAUGCUUGUACAUGUAAAUAUAAGCAGUUUAUUCAAAACCAAAUGAAAUGGUGUUUGUUUUCUGGUGAAGAUGAAGUAAUCUUAGCUGCCUUCUCUCUCAGUACCAGGAUUUCCGGGCCAUUAGCUGUUUAUGCAGUCUCUUAUCUUCUGUUUUAAACUAUAUUAUGAUUUCUGAUUGUUACAGGGUGUUAGGGGUUCAUUGUCAAGUCCAGUGUUGUGAGAAAUUAAGAAAAAAGUCAUAAGCAUAUGUAUAUAAAUGCUCAGUUCAUGGUAUUUUGGGGGGUUUUAUGCCUGCUUAUGUAAAACAGCUGACAUAAUCAAGUUUUCGAAUGAUAAAAUAGUGUUUGUUCUGAAGCUGGCUUGUAAAAAUAAUUGUGCUUUUCACAGUGGUUUUCAAUAAAACCUUGAAACAAGAAAGUCUUGUUUGAAGUUUUUAGUCAACAUGUUUGCUAGUACUCCCUCAACCAAGUGAGUUUAUGGAUUAAUUUAUGACACAUGGUUUGUUGAUGGGUUUACAUCACUUUUACUGUCAAAUUACACGUAGGGGAGUCCUAAUUGAGUGUCAGUUGAAGAAGCACCAAGAUUGCCACGUUUGAAUUC